GCCCCAGAAGGUUUUUGUUUCGGCAUUCAUUGGGCCGACUUCAGAGCGAGGAGGCACAGUUUGUGAGAGCUGAGAAGAAUGUAAAAGAGUUGAAUCUUUCUGUUGACUUAAUGAAGAAUGAGAGCAGAAAAUUGCUUGAAAGGGCAGCUCUUGCUGAAAAAGAAAUGAAACGUGGCCAUGCUGAGCUCAUGGAUGCUGCAAGUCAGAUUAAAGGUCUUGCUAAAUUGGUUUACAAUGCAGACGCUGACGCUGCUGAUCUGAUGGACCUGCUACGUGAGAUUCCUGGUAGGGAGGCUUUGAAAUUAAGAGCAGAGGUUGCUUCCAUGGCAUCAUUUGUUCGACAACAAAAGAAAGAAAUGGAGAAACAGACUAUGAAGAUUUCAGAAUUAGGUAUUCCGGUGUGA